AUCCCAGCAACCAUAAACAUCUAGCCUACAAAUUGCAGCGUGUAAGGAUUUCAAGCUUAUAUUUUUCAUAUUAUCCUAUGGGAAAGUAAUCAGACAAGUGUUUUUAAGACAAUAUGGCAGGAAAGAAGAAGGAAAUAGUUUUACAAGUACAAAUUGAGACGCAAGAAGAAUGGGAAGAAUUUAUGACAAAAGAAGGACUUUUAGUGGUUGAUGUGUACCAGGAAUGGAGCGGACCAUGCAAAGCUAUGGUCACCAAUUUGAGAAAGUUGAAGAUGGAACUAAGUGAUGAUUAUCUGCACUUUGCCACAGCAAAAGCAGACACAAUAGAUGCAUUGGAGAAAUACAGAGGAAAAUGCCAGCCAUGCUUUCUUUUCUUUGCUGGUGGUUGCCUGGUUGCAGUGGUGCGAGGUGCUAAUGCCCCAGUGAUAGAGAGAACUCUGAAGGAUCAGCUGGCUCAGGAACACAAGGUUAUGGAGGGCAUAGCAGAAAGGAAAGAGAUUCGGGAUCCAGCACUUGGAGAGGAAGAGAAAGAGAAAGGCGGUCUGGAUGAGGAAGAGACUGAAAAGGAAGAGGCUCCAAAGAAGGAGGUGACAGUGGCCAUCAUCAAACCAGAUGCUGUGAAGGCAGGCAAGGUGGAAGAGAUCCUAGAACAGAUGAAAGAAGCAGGCAUAGAGGUUCUAGCACAAGAGGAGAGGCAGCUGACAGACGAGGAGGCUAGAGAGUUUUACAGUGCACAGCAAGACCAGGAACACUUUGAAGAUCUGGUCAGUUUUAUGUCCAGUGGUCCAAGCCAUGUGUUGGUACUGACCAAAGGUUCUGGAGAGGGUAUUAUCCAGGAAUGGAGGGAUCUCCUUGGUCCUACAAGUGUGGAAGAGGCCAAGGAGCAAGCUCCUGACAGUUUACGUGCCAAGUUUGGUUCUGAAAAAUACUUCAAUGCCCUCCAUGGUAGUGACUCACAGGAUACAGCUACAAGAGAACUUGCCUUUUUCUUCCCUAACUUUGUUAUGCCUGGAUCACCAGCUGCCAAAUCUGCAGCUAAACCCCAAGUACAGAGAACACUGGCACUCAUCAGGCCAGAUGCUCUCACAGAACACAAAGAUGCCAUCCUUGAAAAGAUCCAAGAAGCUGGCUUCACAAUUGCAAUGCAAAAAGAAGUACAACUCACAAAGGAGCAAGCAGAAGAGUUUUACAAAGAACACAAAGAUCAGCCUUACUUUGAAGAGCUCACAAAUAGAAUGUCUUGUGGUCCUCUGUUGGCCCUGUCCUUGGCCCGAGAUGAUGCAGUGGACGCGUGGAGAGGUAUGCUGGGACCUAAAGAAGUGGACAAGGCCAAGGAGGAGGCCCCAGAAAGCUUGAGAGCUCAGUUUGCAGUGGAAGGUGUUGAGAUAAACCCUGUACACGGUUCAGAUUCUCCAACAACAGCUCAACAAGAACUAGAAUACUUCUUCCCCAUGCAGCAGACAUUGGCUGUUGUCAAGCCAGAUGCUUACAAGACUAAAGAUGAAAUAAUGGAAUUGAUCAAGGAGGCUGGCUUCCACAUAGCAGCCAGGAAAGAAACAGAACUCACUCCUGAUAUAGUGCAGCAGUUGUAUAAAGAGCACGAGGGAAAGGAGUACUAUGGAGAUUUAGUAGAACAUAUGACUAGUGGUCCAACACUGUUCAUGGUGCUGUCCAAAGAGAAUGCUGUAGAAGGAUGGAGGGGUAUCAUUGGACCAACAGACCCCGCUAAAGCCAAGGAGGAGGCACCAGACUCCAUCCGUGCCCAGUUUGGUAGUGAUGUGAAGGCCAAUGCUGUCCAUGGAAGUUCUGAUGUGGAACAUGCAAAGGAGGCCAUUACAGCAAUAUUCGGUGACCUUGUGUUUGAAAAAGAUGGUACCCUUAAAGGUGAGGAAAUACCAUUAGAAGGUGAAGAAGAGGCAACAGGACAAGAGAAAGCAGCAGAAGAAGGGGCCCCAGCUGCAGAAGAGGGAGAAGCCAAACCUGCAGAGGAAUCUGGGGAAGAUGAAGAUAGUCCUGUGCCCCCUACUACUGAAGAGCAUCUUGUUCCAGCUGCUACAGAAGAGAGUAGUAUUGGGGUCAGUCAAAGGUCUGAGGUCAAAUCCCCUGAUAAGGUGGCUGAAAAUGAAAGUGAAACUGAAAUUGAUCACAAGGUGGGGGGACCUGCAACUACAUCAGAAAAUGGGGAGCAAGAGUAUGAUAAUGAUUUUGAAGCUGAUGAAAAUGAGUCUGUUAAGAAUGAAUCUGAGGAAAACAAAACUGAUGCAGAUACUGGUUUAAAAGAAGCUGAAAAUAGCAAAGAUAGUACUGGGCCUGGGAAAAGUGAAAAUGAAGCAACAUCUGACCAGAUAGAAUCUCAAACUAACCUUGAUAAUGAUGAGCCCAUAGUUAAGGAAACUGAAACUGGUUCAGGCAAAGUGGAGGUUGAUAAAACUGAGAAUGAUAAUCAAUCUGAGGAAAUUGAAAGUGCUGCUGAACAGAAAGAAUUUGAUAAAACAAGUGGGUCUGGAGAAAAUGAUACAACUACCAGCUUAGCUGUUAAAGAUGGUCAUGAUAGCGAGGAGGUUACAGGUUCUGAGCAGAAAGAGAGCAAAACUGUUGAAGAAACUGCUAAGCUUAAGGAAAAUGAAAGUGAAACUGGUUCAGUAAAGAUAGAGAGUAACAAUGAAGGGGAAGGGAAUGGGUCUGAUGGGUACAAAUCUGAAACUAUACUGAAAAGAGAUGAGGUUAGUGAGGAAAUAGGUAAAUCUGAGGUGAGUGGAUCUGAUUCUACAGACAGAGGAGAUAAAGCUAGCAAAGAGGCAGAUGGGUCUGGGGGAAGUGAAGCUGAAACUACUUCUGUCCAAAAUGAAAAAGAAGUUAGUGGCAGGGUAUCAAUAUCUGAGGGGGGUGAAAGUGCUCAAAAAGAAGAUAAAAUUGAUAACGAGAUAGAGGAAUCUAGCGGUGAAAAGGAAAAUCAGUCUAAAGGUACUCCUGUUGAUUCCCCAAAUCCUGAGACCAAAGAUGAUAAUAAAAACAGUGGGGAUAAUACUAACAGCAAUGAACCAGGGAAUGAAGGGAAUUUUCCUGAUAAAAGGGCUGACUCUCAGACCAUUGUUUCCCCAUCUACUACUCAAAGUGAACAUGAUGCUGAGCUGAGAGAGAAUGUCGGUGCUGAGGCUGGCACUGAAGGCUAGUACUAACAUUGUGACCCCCCCCCC